UGAUUAUUGCUGGUAAAGGUUGUUUGAGAGAGGAAGGGAGUUUCAGUUCAGUUGAGUAAAGGUGCGUGGGUCCCAUCUCUUUCUCUCUGCCUUCGACCAAGUGCAAUCUUAAACCCUAAGAUUGGAUUUUUUGGUGAUGGGUGGCAUUAUUUUAUCAAUUAAUAUCAUUGACCAAAAGCAUACCAGGUCCUCAUUUAUUCAUUGUCUUCUCGAUUUCUGACUCCAAAUUGUUAGGGUUUUGGGAAAUUAAACAUAGUUUAGAUCUGUUGUAAUGCGUGUAGCAAUUGUGGUGUCAAUUUCCGGUGUAUGUUCUUUGGGGAUGCUGUAGAAAAAGGAAAAUAGUAGCUCUAAUUAUUUUGUCGCCAUGGAAAGAGGACUGCUUCUUUUGUUUUUCUUGCUGUUGGUUAUGGUGCUCUCUGUCUUUGCUAUCGAAGUGGAAUAUUCACACUGCAAUUGUGAUGACGAAGGGCUUUGGAGCAUCCACAACGUCUUGGUUUGCCAGAAAGUGAGUGACUUUUUCAUUGCCAUUGCAUAUUUUUCCAUUCCCCUUGAGCUCCUUUACUUUGUCAGCCGUUCCAAUGUCCCCUUUAAAUUGGUCUUUCUUCAAUUCAUUGCGUUCAUAGUUCUCUGUGGAUUGACCCAUUUACUCAAUGCCUAUACUUACUAUGGCCCCCACUCUUUCCGGUUGUUUCUUUCCCUCACUGUUGCUAAGUUUCUCACUGCUCUUGUCUCCUGUGCCACUGCCAUUUCUUUUCCCACCCUCAUACCUCUUCUGCUGAAAAUCAAAGUCAGGGAGCUCUUCUUGAGGCAGAAUGUGUUGGAAUUGGGCCAGGAGGUUGGGAUCAUGAAGAAACAGGAGGAAGCUAGAUGGCAUGUUAGGAUGCUCACCUGUGAGAUUAGGAAGUCUCUGGAUAAGCAUACCAUCUUGUAUACCACACUUGUUGAGCUUUCCAAGACCUUGGAUUUGCACAAUUGUGCAGUUUGGAUGCCUGAUGAUGAUAGGAGAGAAAUGCUUUUGACACAUGAGUUGAAAUCAAACUCAGCAAGUAGUUUUCACAAUUCUAUUCCUAUUAGUGAUCCAGAUGUGUUGGACGUAAAGAAUAGCAAAGGGGUGUGGAUUUUGAGGCCUGAUUCGGCACUCGGAGCUGCAAGUAGCGGUGGUGGAUCUGGGGAUUCAGGUGCCGUGGCAGCCAUCCGCAUGCCGAUACUUCAUGUUUCCAAUUUCAAAGGAGGGACACCAGAGAUGGUUGAGACAUCUUAUGCUAUACUGGUUUUGGUUCUUCCGAAUUCAAACUCCAGGUCUUGGACCUCCCAUGAAAUGGAGAUAGUGGAAGUGGUUGCUGAUCAGGUUGCUGUGGCUUUGUCUCACGCGUCUGUUCUUGAAGAGUCUCAGCUUAUGAGCCAGAAACUUGCAGAGCAAAACCGGGCUUUGCAACAGGCCCAGAAGAAUGCAAUGAUGGCCAGGAAGGCAAGGAGCUCGUUUGAGAAAGUUAUGAGUCAUGGAAUGCGGAGGCCGAUGCAUUCUAUCCUGGGUUUGCUUUCACUGUUUCAAGAGGAUAAUAGUAUAAGGCCAGAACAGAAGAUUGUUAUUGACUCAAUUUUCAAAGUUAGCAAUGCACUCUCACGAUUGAUUAAUGAUGUGAUGGAGAUUUCCACGAAUGACAAUGGAAACUUCCGGUUGGAGAUGAAACCUUUCAGUCUGCAUUCAAUGAUGAGGGAAGUUUCUUGCACUACCAAGUGUUUGUGUAUAUAUAAAGGCUUUGGUCUUGAAGUUGAUGUUGACAAGUCUUUGCCUGAUCUGGUCGCUGGUGAUGAGGCAAGGUCUUUCCAAGUAAUUUUACAUAUGAUUGGCUAUUUAUUGAACCUUUGUGACAAAGGAACACUCAUAUUUCAAGUUUAUCUUGAAAGUGGUAGUGGAGAUAAAGAUGAUAGAAGUGUUGCAAUAUGGAGGUCAAACAUGCAAAAUGACUAUGUACAUAUAAAAUUUAAUUUUCGAGUAAAUGGUAUUAGUUCCCAGUCAGAUGAAUCAUUUUCAACAACAAAUUAUUCUUGUAGAAGGCACCACAACAAUGAACCUAAGGAAGGCCUGAGCUUCAGCAUGUGCAAAACAAUAGUGCAGAUGAUGCAAGGUAAUAUUUGGAUGUCAACUAACUCUAUGGGUGUGACACAAGGAAUGACACUUCUUCUCAGGUUUCCGACAGGAUCAUAUCAUGGAAGAUUCAUUCUUGCUACCAAAGAUAUUUCAAACUCCCAGUUUAGAGGGCUUAAGGUUGUGUUAGCUGAUGAUGAUGAUGUAAACAGGACUGUGACCAAGAAGCUGCUUGAGAAACUGGGGUGUCAAGUAACUGCUGUUUCAUCAGGAUUUGAAUGUCUUAGUGCUGUAAGUGCCUCUGGUAACUCCAUCAAAAUUGUUCUACUGGAUCUUCACAUGCCCGAAAUGGAUGGUUUUGAAGUUACAAGAAGGAUUCGAAAAUUCCAAAGCCGUAAUUGGCCCUUGAUCGUGGCUGUGACUGCAAGUGCAGAAGAACACAUCAAGGAGAAAUGUCUACAAGUGGGAAUGAAUGGACUGAUUCAAAAACCUAUCCUUCUUCAUGAGAUAGCAGAUGAACUUCGAACAGUCCUGCAACGUGCAGGUGAAAAAUUGUGAGAAUAAGUUUAGUUAUCCCAAAUCUGUUAGGUUCCUCAAAUUAAUCACUACAACAUUCUGAAAGAGAACCUGGAAUUCUUAACAAACUGAAAUAUACUAGAUAGAUAGUAGAUACUAGCUUCAUCUUGCUAACCAUUUUUCUGUUUGAUCCUUUGGCCGUAUAAUGAAUUGUGACUUUUUCAAGGCGCAUAGAACCUCUUCUCAUAAUCAAACAGGAAA